AUGCCCAACUGGUCCCGGUGCUGCCUGCCCGGCUGCUGUCGACUGCUGCUGCAGGAACAGGUGAGAGGUGCUCGGUGCUACAUCCGUGCCUGCCGUGCCUCCCCACCUCCCUCCCCCCCUCCCUCCCUCCCUCCCUCCCUCCCUCCCUCCCUCCCUCCCUCCCUCCCUCCCUCCCUCCCUCCCUCCCUCCCUCCCUCCCUCCCUCCCUCCCUCCCUCCCUCCCUCCCUCCCUCCCUCCCUCCCUCCCUCCCUCCCUCCCUCCCUCCCUCCCUCCCUCCCUCCCUCCCUCCAUGCCUGUCUCCUCUCCUCCCUUCCUACGUCCAUUCGUUUUUCCCCUCCUACCCUCCAAACCCCCUCCCGCCACCACCCCCCCCGGUUACCCCCUCUUUCGUCCUCUCGUCGCCCCAUUUCCCCACUCGCAUUCGCCUUCUCUCUCCACCAGACCCCAGACAUGGCUCCUUCCUCUCAACAGCAUCUCACCCCUUCAGUUGCACUGUCCACGACUUGGAAUCCAUCCAGCGCUACUACUGGAAGGUGCGUGGAAGGGCCAGCCAACCCCAAGCUCUCUCCACGCCCAACCACCUCCUCCACCUCCACUCGCUUCCUUCCACAUGCCCUUCCGUUACGUUCCCCUCCCUCCGCACCCAUCUCACCUCGUUUGAUUUUCUAGCAUGUGCAAUGGACAUGACGGCUCGCCUGCAACGGCGGCUGCUCAGUCCCGAGCCGGCCUGUACUGAUGUGCGAUCUGCAUGUCGAUCCAUCCGUUGCCCGCCCACCCUCUCACGCGCCCAUCCCUCCAGCUGCACCUGGCUGGAUCUAGUGGAGCGGCGGCAGCAGCGCCUGCAGGAGCCACCAGUGCCGCUGCUGGACGCCCUGCAGGCCCACGCGCUCGCCACCGGGGAGGAAGCCGCACUGCCCCUGCUGCCGCCACCACCUGCCACAUCACCAGCCGCUGCCGGGCCUCAUGGGUCUGGCUCGGCAGCGGACGGGUCUGGUUCGGCGGCAGAUGGGCCUGGUUUGGCAGCAGAGGGGCCUGGGUGGGCGGCAGGGGAGUUGGAGUUUCGGCGGGUGGAGUGUGCGGGGCGGUACGACGAUGCUCGGUCGCUGUUUGUGGGGCCCCGGGCGCACACAGUGAGGGGCGCACAGGAGAAGGGGUACUUUCUUGUCACUCCGCUCGUCCCUCCCCCUGGCAGGUAUGCGCAUCCCUCCCUCUCCCUCGCCCCGUCAGUAAACCCCUCCCAUUGCAUGCCACCGCUGGCGCACAUGGUGAGGGGCGCACAUGGUGAGGGGCGCACAGGAGAAAGGGUACUUUCUUGUCACGCCGCUCAUCCCCCCCUGGCAGGAAUAGUGCUCCCCCUGACUCUUCCUUUCCCCUCUGCUGUCCCCCCGUCCCCUCAUCCCCCCGUCCCCUCAUCCCCCCGUCCCCUCAUCCCCCCGUCCCCUCAUCCCCCCGUCCCCUCAUCCCCCCGUCCCCUCAUCCCCCCGUCCCCUCAUCCCCCCGUCCCCUCAUCCCCCCGUCCCCUCAUCCCCCCGUCCCCUCAUCCCCCCGUCCCCUCAUCCCCCCGUCCCCUCAUCCCCCCGUCCCCUCAUCCCCUCAUCCCCUCAUCCCCCCCAUCCCCUCAUCCCCCCCAUCCCCUCAUCCCCCCCAUCGCCUCUUUCCCCUUCUCCCCAUGCAGCGAGCAGCCGGCAGUGCUGGUGAACAGGGGGUGGGUGCCGGAGGCAGUGAGGCGAGAGGCGGACACAUGGAUGGCGGGGGAGAGGGCGAAGGGGGCCGCAGGCGAGGCGGGUAAGGAGGAGGUUGAGAGCGGUGGCAGUGGGACGAGCAGGAGUGGUGGUGGCGGAAGCAGCAGCAGCGGUGACGUUAGUGAGAAGGGCAGCACGAGGGGGUGGUUUGGAUCAGGGGGCGGUACAGCGCGUGCCUCAACCGGCGCUGGGACAGCACUUGGCAAGCCCAACGCACCUCCUGUGAUCCGCGUGACUAGUGUGGUGCGAGCCAGUGAGAAGCAGAACCUCUUCAAGAGAAGUGGUGCCUUUUCCCUCCCAUCUCCUUCCUCCGUUCCAUGCAGCCAAGUCCCCUGCAGCGAGAAGCCGAACCACUUUGUGCCGCCCAACGCGCCGGAGCACGGCGAGUGGUUCUGGGUGGACGUGCCUGCCAUGGCCCAGGCCUGUGGCCUGCCACGUGGCACUCUGCUAUUGGACGCCAUGAAACCAACCGAGGACGAGGAGGAUGAGAAGGAGCGUACGUCGGACAGCAACAGCAGCAGCAGCAGCGGGCAGGCGGGUGUCUGCCCUGCAUUCUACAGCGACCCACGCUUCCCUCGCCCCAAGGACCCGGAGGAGCUCGUGAAGCUGCCAGUCAUGCCCACCGACCACAUCACCUACGCUGCCACCUGGUUUUCUCUCUUCACAGCCACGUCAGUGAUGGCUUACAAGCGCCUUCGAGUCGUGCCCAAGAAGGUGCGCUAG